AUAAAUAAAACACUGACUAGGAUACAUUCCGUCUAAUCUCCCCGAUAAGAUAAGAACGUCGACUUAAAAACACUACUACAUGUAAAACUGUCUUUUUGAAGUGUGAAGCGGACCUGUCGGUGGAAUUUCGGUCGUACCGUACGUGCCUACGUCGACAGUGUGUGUUUGUGUUCGUGUUUGGUCAGUACCGUCCGUCUUUCUGCUGCACGACAUCCCGCCAAAGCUUUUCGGAUUAUGCUCGUAAUCCGUCAUCGUCAUGGAAACGAAGAAUUUCGGGUUGCGCGCCACCAAUCAGAACGCAGAACCGUCGGCCUAGUGAGGUGUCCGAGCGCGGCGAUUGGCCGAAUCCGGAGGGCACACCGAGCCUCUUACUACGAGAGAAUCCUUUAGUCCUUCCAGCAGGAUCAAAUGAGCAUCGGCCCGACUCAGUCAAGCCACACGCGGCUCAGAGUAGGGGAACACUACAUAGCACCACGCUUAACUUUCUUCUCGGCCAGUAUAGUCAGCGCUUGCAAAGCGUUUCAAACGUCACAAUUUUUGUCAUUGUGUGUAUUACAUAAAUAGAUUCGCCCGGCGUGGAAAAUAUGUUUCACGUAUAAAUUUUUCUCUAGCUCAUUUUCGUUUGCUCUCGGAAAAGGAGUUUUAAUAGAGGACGAUUUUUUUUGUGAUCUGUGUGUCAGUGCGGCCGUUCUUCUUAGUGCUAAACAUUUUUCUAUACUAAAAAGAAAAAAAAAUGGAUAUGUUACGGUACUUUGUUUGGUUCUUUUUAUUCGUCUCCCUCGUUGGAGUGGUUAGUGCCAGAACCAAAUCACCGCUCAAGGACGACGAUCUCACUCCAAAAAAUAAAGCUGCUGCAGGGAUGAGCGGAGACCAGCAGCGAGGCGGGACGAAUCAGCGUGAACUCUGGAAGACGGGACACCAACCAAGGAUGGACAUAUUAGAAGUACAAGAACCUGAAAAAAGCAAGUGUGUGUUUGGAAAAGAAAUUCGCGAGUUAGGCUCCAAAUGGAUACCAGAUCUAGGACAACCAAUAGGAAUACUGUAUUGUAUGAGAUGCGAAUGUGUCCCGUUCCAGAAAAAGCGGAGGAUAGUGGGCAGGGUCCAGUGUUACAGCAUAAAAGAGAAAUGUCCUGUCCCGACCUGUGACGAGCCAGUAUUGAUGCCCGGCCGUUGUUGCAAGACCUGUCCAGGGGAUGUCGAUUACGUGUUGAAAUGUCUGUAG